AUGGAACCACAAGAAAAACUCGAGGCAAUGUUUUGCCCACAUCUGGACUCGGCGCUGGUCGCUUCGAUCUACCAUGACAUGAAGGAUUUUAAGGCUUGCAUAUCCAUCCUCUCGGCCCUCGCUGCUGAUACCCCCGGAGGAGGAGCAGGGCCCAACAUGAAUAUUACCGUCACAACUACUACAUCAAAGACAUCAGCACAGCAGACCAAUGGCAGGAAUCCAGCGUCAGCAGCCAUUACCAAGAACAAGAAAUCAAACCUAGCUCCUUCGACCGACAAGAAUAUCCUGAUCUGGAGCGAGGAGGUCGCCAAUUCGAAUACCUCCUCAGCAGCAGCAGCAACGUCAUCACCAGCACGCAGUGGUCUGCUCAAGUCCAACAAGCAAGGCCAGGUCACCAACAGCUCCUCAUUCCAACAGCCGACGACCUUGGUCAACUCCCCUGCGAUUCCCGUUACUCGGGACCAACCCGUCAAGGCCAGUUACAAGGCUGCUCGAAACCCUCGUUACAUGCAGAGGCACGCCGUUGUUGACCUGCCCGUCGAAACGUUGGACGAUGCUGAAGAGGAUCAUGACCAGGAGCUCCCUGAAGAAUACAACGUGAACGAUGACGAACAGAGUGCAGUUGUGGGCGACCAGGAGGCACUCGCGGAGGUUGAGACCGCCUCAACCGACGGUGCAGGACCAAAGAAGAAGAAGAACCGACGACAGAAGCGCCAUGAAAAGGUAGGAAAAGGAGAGCCUCUGCCACCCUCCUUUGGAGUUACUCAGCGCGGGACGUGGAGGAAGGAUGCCAAUGCCGGACUAUUGGGCACAGGGGCAGGCGACGACGACAGCAACAGCAGCAGCCAAAAGAGCGGCGACAGCAACGAAGCGGAAGAUGACGAGGACGAGGACGAGGAAGGAGAUUCGACUGUGGCGCCUGGGAAUGCUACCCGUCGCAGUGUCAACGGGAUCAAGACAGAGGAGCUGGAGUUUUUGAAGAGCUGUUUCCCGAACCGAGAAUAUUCGGACGAGUAUCUGGCGCAGGUUCUGAAAGAUUGCCGUCGGGAUCUGGAGGCCGCUGUGGAGACGAUUCUCAGCCAGAUGUUCCUGGAGAACGAGCAGAUCGAGACGUCGUCUUCAGGAUCGGGGUCAUUCAACUCAUCACUGACGAACUCGUCAACCACCACCACCUCUUUGGACGACGCAUUCUUUGAGGGUGCACAGAAUGGAAAGGCGUCGAGGAGGAGGUGGAAGACGACAGGCUCUGCAGGAUUGGGAUCGAGAGAAUCGGACGGAGUUGUAGCGUGGGGUGCUGCGCGUCACCAGCCGGUCUGGGAUGGACAGAACGACCCUUUGCUCAAGACCGUAGACCGCCAGGAAGAUUUCUUGAUUCCGGAGAGCAACGAGUGGGUCACGUUUGAUCAUCAGAUUUCGAUCCUCAUGAACCUUUUCCAUACUGUCCCCAAGAAGACUAUCGUCUCGGAUUAUCAUGCCAAUGGAGCCCAUCUGUUCAAGACUGUGGAAUGCAUCGAGGCCCGACUCAAGCAGGAGAGCCGCAUUGGAUCUUCAGCAGCACAAGGACGGGAACGCCAAACUCAAUUCGAUAUCAGCCUGGCUCAGCUGAUGGAGAUGUUCCCGGAGCACAGUGCGGUUGGACUGAAGAAGAUGUUGGUCUACAACAGUGGCAACGUUCAGGAUGCGAUGAAUGCUGUCCUUGCAGCAGAUUUCGCGCGCGCGGAUAUGAACGAUCGGCCCACCACCAAUGGCAGCGCGUCGAAACGUGCAAACCUCAUUCCGUUUCAGGCAGACAUUCGAUAUGCGGGCAAGAAUGAGGCCCCCCAGCCCACAAGCAGCGGCAACCGACUCAAGAGUCUCCCCUCGACUAGCAACCCCUUUCCAGGAGGACCCCGACCUUUCCCCAACACUAUUGUCGACAAUGCGAAUGCGGAUCUGUAUAACGAUGACGAUGACCCCGUUUGGUGUCGUCAACGAGCGCAUGAGAUCUUGGAUCAAAGGAACGAGCUGUUUAGAAAGGCUGCCAAGGCUUAUCAGGCGACCAAGGGCAAGGGCGCCGGGAUGGGUGGUAUCGCGGCCUACUAUGCCGACGAGGGCAAGAAGCUGGAUGUCCAAGGAAAGCAAUGGCACAUGCGUGCCGCUCGCGCCGUCGUUCAGCAGCAUCGAUUGGACAACAAUGAUCCAAACUUGGUGGACCUGCACGGAUUAACGGUGAGCGAGGCGCAGACGGUGGUGCGCGAGGCGGUAACACAGUGGUUCUCGCGGGCAACAAUGCAAGCUUCACGAAUCGCUGCCAAGCCGCUCAAGAUUAUUUGCGGUGUCGGAUCACAUUCCAAGGACAGGAUCGCGCGUCUCUACCCGACCAUCUUGAGUCUUUUACAGAAGGACGGGUGGAGAUGCGAGGCAGAGGGAGGAGUCAUUCUCGUCAAGGGCGUUUCUAGGAUCAUGCCCUCUAAGAAGUGA